GGCUUCGUCCGCGUCGACAUGCACCCCACGCAGGUGAUGGCGCCCAUCCCGACGUACCUUCCGCAUCCGUCUUCUCCUCUUGCUGGGCCUGGUGGGACUCUCGAACGUAUCUCUGAAGAGGCUGAGGUCCCGCACGUACCUCACCACGCCUCGGCUCAUGAUAGCGAACGGACGCUGAGGCGAUCGAAACGCCGGAUCGGGGAAACUUCAAACGUCGACGAUGGCGACGGACUCCUGGGCGAUGGCAACGAGGGCUCGGACGACCUCGAGUAUGGCGAGCAUGCAGCGAAGCGGUACAGAUUGGAUCAAGGACAUAGUGGCCAUGGCGGCGAUCAUCGUAAUCAUGCCGAGGUACUUCAGUGAUCUUGCGUUGCGUUCGUCGCUUCUCUGUUCCCUGCGGCUAGGCUUGCACCCGUUCCCUGACCUUUAUUGGUUCCUUGAGCGAUACAGGAGAGACGUAAUCCCAACAUAUGCUGACAUUCAUGUAGGCUACCUAUGAACGCUACUCGACACCCGUCUUGCCCAGGCAAGAGGAUAUACCGUACGCGGGACCCUCCCGCGACGACCCAUUGUUGCUUCCUCAGGUCAUCGGCGACUUGAACGACGUGAUGCGUCAAGACGAAUUUGACGCCCUAUGCAAGAGAUGGACGGAGUGCUCCAGGGAGGAAUGGAUUGCAGGAGCGGACGGUAGUUAUCCUAACCACUUUUCUAGCUACCGCGAAGUAUGCUAAGCCCUUUCUUCCACAGAGAUUGCCGCGCAGUAUCAGGAGAUCGUAGAUCUGGUCAAGGACCACUUGACGUACGUCAAUGAUAGUACCCAUAUUGCUCAUGCCAUAGAUGUUCUGAGUGUUGUAUAUCAUGGCUU